UUAGCAAGCGUAGAAAUACUGCUUUUGUCCCGAAGCUGCCUGUACAUCAACAAAUCCUGACACAAGCAGCAUUUAUUAGAAGCUAACAGUAACGAUAUAUAAACGGCUGAUAAAAAGCGCCGAUUCUGAUUCUGUCGCAGCAGAUUAGUACGUGACCAUCAUAACACAAAACUGUAGGCUGGAUAAUGAAGAAUGUUUAGCAGUACAUGAGGCCACCAGCAGCUGCAUGAAAUUGGGUUUGGUUACCCAUCAUUAUGACUGUCUUUGGAUUCCUUCUACAUUCAUUUGACUGUGAACACAGCUGUAUUUCCCAACAUCAUACCAUUUAUAUAAACGGGAGAUAUUCGUUGUUUGUGAAAGGAUAUUAGUAGCCUUUUCUCAAAUGUUUCCCCAAUCCAAGUGAGUUGUUAAUUUAACACACACACACACACUUUAUUACAAAAUCCUGUUAUUACCAAUGACUACUACCAAGUAUCUGCUCUCUCGUUUUCGUGAAACGUACCAACUGAUUUGAUUGCUACCUAUAAACAUUAUAUGCUCACUGUAUGUCUGGAUAAUUCCACUGUAAUCCCAGUAUACUGUGUACUGUAUUAUACAUAUCCCAGUAUAGUAAGUCACUGUACAUUUUGCUUUUAAAUGUUGAUUUGUGUUCAUCUGUGUUGACGUCCACGUGAGUAUUUUUCAAAAUCAUGCAUUUCUCUAUAUCUAUUUUUUUAAUAUGCAGACCCUACUUGUUUUGACCAUCAAAUCAUAGAUCUUGUGUCGCUCUAAUGACUUUAAAGCAUAAAUAUAAUCAUGUCAGCAAAUUGUAAUGCGUUUUCCUGUUCUGCUUUUAAUUGAAAAUAGGACGUAGGCCGUGCUGUAAAUCAGGCUGUGGUUUGCAAGAUAAAUCAGUGAAUCCCCUUCAAGUGUAAUCACAGCUUUGAUAUUUGAGUUAAAUGUAAAUUAAUUUGCGCAGAGAGUGUUUCUCACUGUUGUUUUGUCGCUAGCAUUAUUAUGCCCUCAAACAGUUUGUGCAUGCACGUGUUUUUCGCUUUGUGAAGUUUGGAAUUCCCCAUCUGACUUCUGCUUGAUGCUCUGGUGCAGUCGCCUGACUCAAGAAAACAUCAUUAUGGUGGAAGCCGCUCGUCUAAGACGUUCAAGCCGAAGAAGAACAUUCCCGAGGGCUCACACCAGUAUGAGUUACUGAAGCAUGCCGAGGCCACGCUGGGCAGCGGGAACCUGCGCAUGGCGGUCAUGCUGCCCGAUGGAGAGGACCUCAAUGAAUGGGUGGCAGUCAACACUGUGGACUUCUUUAACCAGAUCAACAUGCUGUAUGGGACCAUCACAGACUUCUGCACUGAAGAAAGCUGCCCGCUAAUGUCUGCUGGACCCAAGUAUGAAUAUCACUGGGCCGAUGGAACCAACAUAAAAAAGCCAAUUAAAUGUUCAGCUCCAAAGUACAUUGAUUACCUGAUGACUUGGGUCCAAGAUCAGCUCGACGAUGAGACACUUUUCCCUUCCAAAAUAGGGGUCCCUUUCCCAAAGAACUUUAUGUCGGUGGCCAAGACCAUUUUGAAGAGACUCUUCCGUGUUUACGCUCACAUCUACCAUCAGCACUUUGACUCUGUUAUCCAGCUGCAGGAGGAGGCGCACCUCAACACCUCUUUCAAGCACUUUAUCUUCUUUGUUCAGGAGUUCAAUUUGAUCGAUCGGAAGGAACUCGCACCCCUUCAGGAGCUGAUCGAGAAGCUCACAUCCAAGGACAGAUAAAUCUGCUUCUCCUAUCAACAUCUUCUCCAGUUUCUCUGUACAGGCAGCCUGGCUUUGUUCUCUGUGUUUGACAGGUGUGUGUGGGAGUGUUUCCUUCAAGAGUUGGGAAAAUAAAACUCCAGAAAAAUAAAAAGCCCUUGUUAAGCCACAGCUCAACCAUAGGUCAAGGUCAUAGCGGAAUUUUGCUCCUUUUGACAUCGUCUCGAACACAAUCUAAGUGCCUGAUAUGUCCACUUUCAAAAUUGCUCAUUUGUUAAAAAAAAAAAAAAAAAAAGCGCUACCACUGCUAUAAAACGUCUUUAUUGAUUUAUAUUUUGACUUUUUUUAGGAGUACAUUGAUGCUAAUUAGCGGUAUGUUAGCUUUUUUUUUUUCCUUGUCAUGGAUUUAUUUAGAAGUGCAUAGAUUUAAAAAUACUGAACAAAGCAUUCAUUGAUAUAUAUAUUUUUUUCUCACAGAGAUGAAGAUGUCUUGGCUUCUCUUAAGUACUCAUUUUAACUGCUCCCAGUGUCUCAGGACAUGUUUGGGAUUUCCGUUAUCCAUUUCAGUAGUAGAACUGCUUUGUUUACUUCAGAUUUUAUCUAGCCCUCAAUGAAUGUCUCCUAAUUGUAGCACAUCGGUCCCGCAGUUUGCCUGCCGUUGCUUUUAAACCACUACAUUACUUUUGAAUAAGUACUUAUGUUGAUGAGCCAGAUUCUCUCCCAGACGUCACGGGUUUGUCUGUUAGAAGCUGGGAUAAAAUGAGCUGACUAUGCAAGAUCGGUCCUGUUUGAUCUCAUUUUUUUCAUACACUAUAAAACAUAAGGCUUUUAUUCUUCUAUUCAUGGAUGUGGAAACCCUGGACACCUUUUAAGUGUAUAACUGCAACACAUCUAAUGAGAGAGAUAGACUUUUCUCUAGAUCGUAAUUAAGCCGCCCCAAGCUCAAAGGUCUAGAACGUUCACUUGAAACGCAAGCUAAAUUAUGAGGUUAUUGCAAGUUGUAUAAAAUAUGUUACAGAUACGAAUCAAACUUGAUUCUAGUUUAAUAUCUUUAAUAAUAACUGCUUCUUAUUGAACACACUUAUAUAUUGCUGUCAAAAUAGUUUGUGGUCCUCUGUAUAAUUUAAGCAGUGCUUAUGUUCGGUCUUUAUGAAGUUCUGCCCCAUGAAUGUUUAUUUUUCAGAAUGUUACAGAAAAUGUGUUAUUCUGAAUAACACGGUUAACAGGUUUUCUCAGAUUUUCACACCACUUUAUUUCAGAACAGAGUAAGAUUGAUUAUAGACAAAUGUACUAAACGUUUUUGAUGGCAAGUUGUAAAUACUGUAAACAGAAAAGGUAUGCAAUUGGAAUAACACGAGAUGUGUAACUUGCUGAACUUUUGUGGUACGAUGCUGAAUACUGUUUAUAGGAUAAUAAACCUGUUUGAACAAAA